UGCUGGCCGCACAGUCAGUUGAGUUGUGUAAAUAUUUCAAGAUGGUCGGUCGUGCGAUUUCGGUGCUCCGGUCCUCGGUCAGAUGUUCCACGGUGUUUCCUGGCGGAUUACCUUACUGAAACUCGCGGUGGUCCGUUCCGCUGGCGGUCUUGUUAUUCGGAUUGUGUGAAAAUUUGGUGGAAUUUGGCGGACGGAGGAAAAAGGUUGACCAUUUUUUUUUGACAGCAGCAAAAUUAUUAAGGGGGCUGUUCGUCUCUCUCCCUUUUUGGUCGUCAAAGUAGGCGCGGUGUUUUGGAGUGUGAGUGUGUGUGACAGUUUUCAAAGGUGGAGAGAGUGUUGUUUACUACUUGCGGGGUGAAAUUUGGUUCCGUCGUGUGGGCAGCUUGCUGGAAUUGUUUUGAACCACUCGGGUUUCGUUGCUGUUGUGUGGAUUUUGACGACCUUUCGGAAGCGAUUCGCCCUGGUCAACGACACCAAACAGGUUCACGUCCCAACAGAUGUCCCCGAAGAGUCUCCCAGAGCGAGAGAGAGGUCAACUCUAGCAGAAAAUCUGUACAGAAAAAAAGUUGGUGGAAGCUGCGAAGCAACAGUCAACUACUAAAGCGAGAAAAUCAAUACUGAAACGGAAAACUCAUCUUGUCAGACGAAAACGAAAAAUUCGCGUGAAAAUCCUGCUCGUCCCCUCGGUGAAAGUGCGGAAAAUUUCCCUGCGAUUGCGAUUUCCUCAAAAAUUACGUCCCUCGGGGGGGAAGGAAAAACUGGGAGUUCAGCCCGGAGAGCGGACCGCAUCGUCCGGAAAAGAGCGAAAAUUUUCACCCGAAAGAGGCGAGGCGGGGCGCGCGUGAAAUGUUUGUUAAAAAUAGAUGAAACAACCGAAAACAACACACAAAACGCGCGGGGAAGGAGAGAGAAGUUGUGACCAGAAGCAGCAGCAGCAAGGAAAUUCUUGUCGAUUGAGUGAGGGAAAAGUGUGUGCACUUUUCUUCUUACGAGUGGAAAUUGGAAAGUGAUAAGUUUUGUCAAGCCGUGUGUGCUGAUUUGCUUGGGGAAGGAAGGUUGAAGAAAGAAGUGAAAAUUUUGCUGGUUGGUGGAAAACCUCGGUGAGAGUGCUGUGAGAGCGGCAGCUGGAGAGAAAUUCUAGCGAGCCAGAAAAUAGAGAGCUGCUGGGUGAAGGAAUUUUCCCCCGAUUUUUUUUCUCCUUUGGUCAACGGUUGGAUGCUGCCGGAUCCGGAGGAACGUAGAAGCUGACUGAAAACAGUGAGAGGACACUCUGCUGGCUGAUUUGGAAGUGAGUUGGAACUCGAAGUCCGGAUUUAGAGCACGAACCUCGCAGUUUGGAGUAACUGAAGAUACAGUGACAACCCCGGAAGUCCACGAUGUAUCGCCCAACUCGUGAUGCAACUGGUGCAGGUGACCCACAAGACUGGCCUGUAACGACCUGCUAGGAACCUUUCUACGGGCGGUGACUUCCCCGGAAUCCCGGAACUCAAAACCCAGAACUACUUCCCCGACUUAAACCUCAAAAAUCUCAAGAUGAUAUCGACGGCUGGAAGCAAGCAACCUUCCCAGUACCAGUCUUCCUCGGCGACGACCUCCACGGGCCAGGAUCACCACCCUCAAGCUAUGGCGACCAACAGCAACAGUACGGUCCUGACCACAAGUGGCAUCAUAGCCCGGAUGACGUCCAGCUCGGUGGAGAAGCAACGCACCGUGAGCGAUUCCGAGUCGGAGAUCAACUACGACAUGUUCAGCACCAGCGUGACUUCGGCCGAUGGAGCGGGAAGUUCGCUGAUGAACUCGUCGCAGAUCUCCAACACGUCGACGGACUCGACGCACGUCAAGAGUGCCAACCUGACACGGUCCCAGAACGUUGGAGGGUCAUGCCGCUUCCCGAAGCUAGAAGAGUGCGCCCACUUCCACUACGAGCGGGUUCAGCUGGGCCGCCUCUCGGUGCGGCUGGUCGCGGACGAAAAGAACGACUCCCAGCUGGGCUCGCUCCUGGCCACCAGCACCGACCUCAGCAGCUCCCAAACUGGCGGAACUGUCACUACCGGCACAAAGAAUAACUGGUUCAUUAUCCGUAUAACGGCGGGGCGGUCGGAUUCGUUCAUGAUCAAGCGAUCGUUUGAGAACAUGCGGUUCCUGGACGAGAUGCUGCACCGGUGCGUGUAUGACCGGCGGGUUAGCGAGCUGGAGGAGCUGUGCGAGAUGGAUGUUGAGGGGAGGGGGGAGGAGGAGCUGGAGACGCUGGUUGGGGGGUAUUUGGCGCGGUUGUCGGUGAUUGCGUCGGACGCGAUGACCUGCGGGCCGGUGUUGACGUGGCUGCAGAUUGAUAAUAAGGGUCGGAGGUUGCCGGUGGCGGAUGAGCAGACCAUGAAGACGAUCAAUACGCCGGCGGUGGGGGCGGCGUACGGGGUGAGGCGGUAUGUGGCGCAGGCUUGUGACGAGAUCUCGAUUGAGGUUGGGGACAUGAUCUCGGUGAUUGAUAUGCCGAGUCCGGCGGAGUCGAUCUGGUGGCGCGGGAAGAAGAGUCACCUGCAGAAGAACCAGUACGAGGUUGGGUUCUUCCCGCAGAGUUGUGUGGCUACGAUCGGGGACAAGGUGCCGAGGCAUAUGCCGUUUCCUGCGCCGUUGGUUGGAUCGUUGGCGGUGUCUCCGACUAAGCCUGUGUUGAGGAAGCACGGCAAGUUGAUCGCGUUCUUCCGGAGCUUUAUACUGUCGCGACCUUCGCGGCGUCGACUGAAACAGAGCGGGAUCUACAAGGAGCGUGUGUUUUCGUGCGAUCUGGGCGAGCACCUGCUCAACAGUGGACAAGACAUUCCAAUGGUCCUGAAGUGUUGCGCUGAGUUUAUUGAAGAGUUUGGCAUCGUUGACGGUAUCUACCGACUGUCGGGCAUUACGUCCAACAUUCAGAAGCUGCGACGUGCCUUCGACGAGGAGCGCAUCCCGGAUCUGACCCAUCCGGAGAUCAAGCAGGACAUUCACGCCGUUAGUUCCUUACUGAAGAUGUACUUCCGAGAACUGCCAAACCCGUUGUGCACGUACCAGCUGUACGAUCACUUUGUGGAAGCCAUUCAGACCCGGGUGGACCCCAACUCGGCCACAGGUCCGCCCGAUCUCAAGCUGCGAAUGAUCCGGCAAACGGUCCAGAAGCUGCCUCCGCCGCACUACCGCACGCUCAAGUACCUGGCGACUCAUCUGCUCAAAAUCUCCCGCCACUCGGCCAGCACCGGCAUGACCGAGCGCAACAUUGCCAUCGUGUGGGCCCCGAACCUGCUCCGUUCGCCGGCCCUCGAAUCGGGAGGCGUAGCCGCGUUGCGCGGAGUCGGCGUCCAAGCCGUCGUUACGGAGUACCUCAUCAGCAACUGCGAGCAGAUCUUCGACGACAGCGGCGAUGACUUUGGCAGUCACUACAUCGAGUCACAGCCCAACUCGCUGAGCGAUUCCAACAGCAUCCAGAACCACGACCCGGACUUGUCGCUUUCCGCGAUCGAGCGUCCCAAAAGCCUCAGCGUGGGCGGUGCCAAACUGUUGAGUCUGGAGGAGGCUCGCAUUCGGCGAAACUGCAUGGAGAACUGCGAGAAAACGAUCCCGAUCAACAUCACCAACCCUUCGACGCACAUCGGAUCUUACAUCGAGGUGGGCGGUGGUCCGUCCAGCCUGCCGGACAAGUACCACACCGUACUACCCGUGCCAAGAAGCUGGAAUAAGCGAAAGUCGCACUCGUCGUGGAAGUCGAUCUUCACGCGGCAACCGCGCGCCUCCAACAGCAACCAGGACAUCAAGGAGUACAGCAACGCGACCACGCCGACCAGCAAGGAACCGCCGCAGGUGGUGAUCGUGGCCAACGGGCGCGCUGCAUCCACUGAGGACGAUCGCGGCAAGGAUCAGCAGAUCAAGGAGAGCCCAAGUGGGCUGCUGCUGAUGCAGCAGCAGGACAAGAUGACCAAGAGUGUUGACAUGUUUGACGGCAAGUCGCUCACGAUCGACUCGUCGCUCGGGGUCGCGCCCAGCUGCGGCCGGUCCAACUCGGUGGACAGUUUGCGGACCGCCGGCCACAGCCGGUCCGUUUCGCACGAUUCGUACUUUGACCUGCUGCAGUCACCGUUGCGGGCCAGCGUGGGAGGUGGAGCGGGUGGUGGAAUCGGAGGGCUGGGCGUGACCUGCCCGAGUCGGGAGCUGUCCGAGCUGGGGCUGAACUUUGACCGGGAGGAGCCGGAGAUGAGGAUCUUCUCGGAGAGCGAGAGUCUCGUGAGCAGCCCGAAGGUGGCGAAGGAGUCGAUCCGGCGAACGCUGCGCGCCCGCCCCGAAGAGUACACCAGCGGUGGCAACAGUGUCAAUCCUAGUCCCAAGAAGCAACCCCGGCUCAACAUCCAAAGUCCGGCCGACGCCAACGGCAAAGCGCAGCAGUGGAUGGUGGCCUCGGCCGCCGACAGCAAUGGUUCUUCCGAAAGCCAGUGCAAGCGGUACAAGCUGGAAGACCAGCUCAGUGACAUCCAGUUCAUCGACUGCAACACACCGGAACACACGGUGAACGCAACCGGAAAUGGAACUGGCAGCAGCAACAACAACACGAUCUUCACCAGUGCCCAGGUCCAUCGGCCACCGCUGCCGGAGGACGAUUCCGAGGACGAUGAUGGGGAGAACGAGUUGAUUGGGGUGCGGAACUCGUACCCGGGGCCGCAGUACUGCUACGUCAAGUACGACUCGCCGAUCAAGGAGACCCGGUUCAGCUACCCGGGAACAGCAACCAGUGCCAAAAGCUCAGCCAAGCAGCAGCAAGAGCAGAAGAUGAACGUGGACGAACAGCAGCAGCAGCAAAAGACGUCCGCAAAGAAUGGAUCGACGUCGCUUUAUGAGAGUUUCAUUCAGGCGUCCUCAACCAAACCACCAAAGUACCCUGCCGCCGGAGGCGGCCCAGCCACAAACCGUUACAGCUACUACGCCCCAUCACCCGCCGAAAAGAGCCCCAACGACGAUGACGGUGACGAGGAUGAAGCCGGAACUCCCACCUCAUCCUCGCACGACGUGCAGGUCGUGCCGCGCAGCUGCUCCGAGCACGUGACGCUUCGCAAGUCGGAACCGCGCAAGUUGGGAGCGGCAACGCCGCAGUCCCCACCGGUGCAAAGUCCGUGCUACUCGCUGCUGGUGGGGUCGACGACCAGCUCGGAUAAUACGGGCGGCGGGAGCAGUGCGUUGAACACGCCCGUGUACGAGAUGGACAUUUCGCAGAUUGUGGGGAAGCAGCAGCCAUUAGAGCAAACCAAAGAAGAGGUGAAGGCGGCGCUGAAGCGCGAGUUGUCGCUGGAUUUGAGCGGCGGCGGGGAGGUUAAGAGGGAGGCCGGGACGGGGACGGGGACGGGGACGGGGACGACCACGACGAGCCAGUCGAUGACGCCGAGCGAGUACUGCUAUCAGAACUUGAAUCCGGAGCUGUCGCCGGGGGAGUUGGCCACGUUUGCGCCCAAGAUUGUGGCGGCGUGCCAGAAGCAGACGGCGGCGGGGACGCCGAUCAAGGCGACGAUCAAUAUUACGUACAAUGUGCGGUCGCCGGUGAGGAAGGAGCAGGAGGGGUGUAUUUUUAGGGGGGCGGAGACGGAGACGGGGGUGAAGCAGGAUGAUGGGGAGGAGGAGGAUGAGGAAGAGUACAGGAGGGAGAGGAGGAGCAUUUACGAGAAUGUGUUGGUUGGGGAGGCGGGGCCGACGCGGCUGUUGGAGACGAACUUUGACGAGACGAUGGUGUACGAACAGGUCAAGUUCUACAAGAAUGCGGUGUCGGAGGUCAAUACGAUGCUUGGGGAUGAGGAGGAGGGGGGUAAGAUUGUUGAUUUGAGCAUUAGUGAGACGAAGGUCAAGCUGAAGAUUAAGGAGGAGGAGGACGAGGAGGAUGAAGAUACGGACGGGAUCAACAACAACAACCGGGACUCGAGGUUGGGCACGGAUUCGUCGCAUUCGGAGUUGGUGAAGGAGCGUGCGUUCACGAGCAAGAGCGAGGAGAGUGACGACGUGCCGAUGUCGGACGUGAACGAGGACAGUCUGGAGUUUGACAAUACGGACGUUUCGUUGUACGAGAAUGUGGAGUUGAGGAAGAAGCACUUUGUGCCGGUCUACGAGAACAUGAUUCCGGGGCCGCUGUCCAGCUGCGAGGGCACGAUCAAGUCCACGACGGACGACGAGUUCUCGUCGCUUUGCGCCGACCGUAGCGACAUGGACAACGAGAUGGAGUACCGGAUAGAAAUCCCCCCGAAGAUCGAGCUCAAGCCGAACGUGAGCGUGCGCCAGUUGGCGACCAAGUUCGAGACCAGUCCGGUGGAGGUCAACCCUCCGUUCGACUUCCAGCAGCAGUCCAAGCUGAACAACAACCGGGGCAGCACCGGCGUCGUCACGAUCCGGAACAAGUCCGCCAAAGAGUACCACGCCAACAACAUCACCCGCAGUCUCGACGAGAACGCGUUCGUGCGCGAAUUCGGCAGCGCCCGCAAGCUCGAAAGCUUCAACAAAAGCAUCCAACAGAUCCCCGAGGUCGAGUCCAACUCCACCCCGAACAACAUCCUCAACGAAAACAACCCCAACCGGCGCAAAUCCCUCGACUUUACCCGACCAAAGAGCCUUAACCCACCGAAGAAGCUUCCCUCGCUGGCCGGCCAGGGCAUCGAGAACCUAUCCGCCAACCCCCCAGCCCACGACUGCUGCCGCACCCAACAGCAACAACUGCUCCUCAACCAAUCCCACAACAAACCCAUCCCACCCUCCAACCUGGAUCUCUCCACCAAGAUCGAAGACACCAAAGAGGCGCGCGCGUACAACGUCCGCAUCACCCCCACCACCGAAAACCGCAUCUCCCUCGUCCAGUACAACUACGACAACCGGAAAGCACCGCCCCCACCACCCCCAACCCUCCUCUCCGACCAGGAGGACCGCAACAGCAUCACCUCCCUCUCAUCCCUCAAAAUGCUCGGCUCCUGCAAGCUCGACCGCUCCCGCAUCGAAAAAAUCAAAGAAGAACGCCGCCACCAACUCAACGAAAAGUACCGCUCCGAGUCCUUCAAGGGCGACCGCAGCGACUACGCCAAGGUCAAGUCCAAAUCAAAAUCCGAACUGCGCGACUGCGACGACUCCAAAAAGUACGACUCGCUGCGCUUCCGCUCAAAAUCCCGCGUCGAACUCUCCGACUCCGACCCCACCACCCUCACCUCGGCGGUCUCGCUCAACACGGUGACGUCCGGGGGACGAACGCGUCGCAUCAGCGACGAAAAGAACCAGAACGAUGUGACGACGUCGGCGUCAGCAGUGACGGACGCCAACAUUUCGCAGGUUUGCGACGCCAAGUUUGAGCUCAAGACGAGACAGAAGUUUGGCAAGCCGGGAGGCGUUGAGCAGACUACGACGACGAUUGGGGGGAGUAAGGAGCAGCUGAUGGGUAGGGAGGGCUUCAACGGAGGAGGAGCGGCGGUCACGGUGAAGGGAGCAGCGCCGUUUGUGCGGAAUGGUUCCGGCGGGGGAGCGCAACGGGACCGCUUUUCGCCCCAAAUCUCCAUCAAGGACGUCGCGGCCAUGUUCGAGUCCCGGUCGCAGAGCCAAUCCUAAACGGCAGUACAGGACCGGAUGAACUAAAACACAAUUUCAAAUACACACGUACGUUCCUGAGAGAAAGGCAGAAAGGCAAGCUAUAGAAAAAAAUGCAGACUUUAUCCAGUUAUCUCUCUCUCUAUCGCAGAUUAAAUUAUUGCCGCUUGAGUAUGCGAAAGCAAAUUGAAAAUCUCCUUACAAAACAAAAAACAACUUAACUACGACCAACUUUAAUGACAAACUUACACACAAACACACAUUUCAUGAAUUUGAUAUGACUAACUUUUGCGAACAAAUAUAUUGAAUCAAAAAAUAAGCCAUUGAUGAUAUUACCUUCUUACGCGAAUUCUAUGUAUUGAGAUAACCUCUAAAUAAACUAAUAAAAACAAAGUCGCUUAACUAUAUGAGAAAGCAACCAUAGCAAGAACAAACAGACAAAAUGCAGAUAUUUAUUUAUAUAGUUGUAAUAAAAGUGGUAGACAUUUGAUAGUUUAUACCAGAAUACUCAAGCGAAGCGAACAAAAAUAAGCAUGCGUUUUUGGCAGUUUAAUAAAGUGAAAUUUAUCCUUCAAUGGCUAUUAUGAGAUCGUUAAACACAGCAAAAGAGAGAAAAAAAAGAAACAUGACGUAUUGAUAGAUAAACUUACCUUAAAA